AUGUCCAAUUUACAGUAUAUAAAAGGUAAUAUAUUAAAAUUAAAAAACUACCCACAUAUAUUAAUUCAUUCUUGUAAUUGUGAUGGGUCAUGGGGCGGUGGUAUAGCUUACCAAAUGUCGAUUCGUUAUCCUCAUAGUGAAAGGGACUACGUACAAAUAUGUGAAGAAAGUGGAUCUGAUCUGUUAGGUAAAUGUGUCUUAAUCCCAAGUUACUCUGAGGAUAAUCUGAUAAUUGCCUGUCUCUUUACAUCUAGUUUAGGUGGUUCAGGUCAUGGUUCAAAGGAAAGUAUAUUGAAAUACACAAAAGACGCCCUGGAAGAUAUGUACAACCUCAUCAAUAUUCCAGACGCCGUUACCAAAUAUGGUGGGGUCAGCCAACUCAACAAUUAUAAAUUAGAAAUGCCAAUGAUAAACAGUGGUAUUUUUGGAGUCCCUUGGGAGUUAACUGAACAAGAACUAUUAAGUUUCAAAGGAAAGAUGGAAUUCACUGUUUAUCAGUUAUAA